UGGAUAUCUCAGACAUCUGUCAACAUGUUCAAACUGGUGGUGCUCUUCGCUCUCGUGGCUUACGCCUCCGCCGGUGCUAUUGCUCCGUUAUACAGUGGCUACGCUCUGGGACAUGGAUAUGCUCCAACAGUGAGCUAUGCACCCACAGUGUCUUACCAUGCUCCCCUCGCUACCAGCUAUGCCAACACCUACAAGGUUGCCUAUCCAUCAGUGCACAGUGCAGUAGUUCCACUAGUUACUCCAUCAGUAACAAAAUUCCAUUACGGUUACCCUAAUUAUGCUGCCUACAAAGUUGGAUACAGCGGUGGUUAUGGUCAUGGUUUAGGCUACGGUCUCAGUGGCUACGGAGGAUACGGACUGUACGGAGGAUACGGAGGCUACGGAGGCUACGGAGGAUACGGCUAUGGUCAUGGCUACGGACUCAGCCACGGCUACGGGCUAGGAUAUGGACUCGGUCACGGAUACUACCACUAAAUUCUCCCGAUUUUUUUUUAACGUAAAAGAGUCUUGUAUUCCAAAGUACUUAAGGACGGAUGUAAAUAGCAGUAUAUAAUACAAGGCAGUGUUCAAAUCAGCUGAUUCCCACCUAUGAAUUGUAAACAAUAAA